AUAUACACGGGCCUCAUGCGAGAGGAGAUCAGCAGUGAUCAAUUAAUCAACUGUAGCCGUCCGGAUCGAACUACCGAUAGCUAGCUGCGGCGAUGGCGUCCUCCAAGAUCACGUUCCCGUCCGUUGUCCUGGCGCUUCGGCUGCUGGCCCUCGCCCUCCUGGCCGGAUCCAUCGCCCUCAUCGUCACCAACAAGGUCAGCGUCGACCUUGUGGAUGUCGAGAUUUUCAGCCUCAGCUUCAAGGACAUCUACGCGUACAGGUAUGUCCUGGGCAUCGCCGUGGUCGGAUGCGCCUACACCUUGCUGCAGAUACCGCUCGCGGGAGUCGCAAUUGCCAAGAGGAGUAAAGUGAUCGGAGGCACCGCCAACGUGGCACUGUUCCUCAUCUGCGCCGAUGUGGUUAUCUCCGUGGCGUUGGCGACGGGCGCGGGCGCCUGCUUCGGCUUGAGCUACGACGCGAAGCGCUUCUUCGACGGGCAGUACGACGAGCAGCUGGACGGCGCCACCAAGGCCCGCGCGGACUACUCCAAGCUCCUCCGCGACGUGGACAGGUUCUUCGUGCACGGCUACGCCGCCGCAGUGCUCGUGCUGCUCGCCGCCAAAUCCGUGGCCGCCGUAGUACUUAUCACCGUCUACGCGCUGAUCAAGUGACCAACUCAGUAUCGGUAAAACAUGUAAUAAUCCUCUGUAACUAAAUACUCCGAUGGAAAAUCAAUCAAUGGAUUGUUAGAAUGGUGUCACUAACACAUUAGAAACGUGUGACGAAUUCGUCAAUCUCAAGGUUCUACGUUUCUUUCCAUCUGCACACGUGUGUGUGUGUGAGUGUGUCGCGUCUAUACCACAAUUGGUGUUUCUCAGCUCCGCCAUUGAUAAUUUGUUGGUGUGUAUUUAAUAAUAAAUUACUCGCUCAUUUUCA